AUGCGACGCUGGUUCUCCCCCCAUACCAGCGAGGACUGCUACGCCAUUGCUAUUAGCACGAAGCCCAUAAGCCUUUCCGCCUCAGUGGUCGCCAUCACACCUCCUUCUACAUCUAACCACCGCCGCAACGGCUCCCAGAACAACGGCGCUUCCAAGCGCGCUGGAUUCUCCUUCAACUCCCUCCGCGGCAAUGUCCAGCCCGAGCUCUCCCGCAAGCUCUACAAGAUUAUCAAGAGCGAAAACAACCUUAUCAACGCCCAUGAGACCGCCGGCCGCGAGCGCACCUCCAUUGCCACUCAGCUUUCCGAGUGGGGCGAGCAGACCAACGACGCCGCUGUCUCGGACGUCUCGGACAAGGUUGGCGUCAUCCUCAGCGAGCUCGGCGAGCAGGAGGAGCAGUAUGCUCACUCUCUGGACGAUGCCCGGGGCGUUUUGAAGCACAUUCGCAACACGGAGAAGAGCGUCCAGCCGAGUCGCGACGGCAAGGACAAGAUUGCCGACGAGAUUGCCAAGCUCAAGAUGAAGGAGCCCCAGAGCGCGAGGCUCGUGGUUCUCGAGCAGGAGCUUGUCCGCGCUGAGGCAGAGAACUUGGUUGCCGAAGCCCAACUGACGAAUGUCACUCGUCAGAAGCUCAAGGAAGCGUACGAAGCCGAGUUCGCUGCUACUAUUGAGCGGGCCGAGAAGCAAAUCAUCCUUGCCAAGCACGGCCGACGGCUUCUUCACCUUCUCGAUGACACCCCUGUCGUACCUGGCGACAUGCGUCCCACAUAUCACCACGCUCAACAGGCGCGACAGAUCCUCAACGACGCCGAGGACGACCUGCGUGACUGGCGCCCGGAGCAGGAUGACUUUAACGGCGCACCCUCUGACUCUAUGACCAACACUAGGGGUACCCAAGAUGCAGUACACGACGAGGACGCUCAGAUCGUAGCUGGAUCGGUUCCUGGACACCAGGCAGUUUCGGAGAAGGAUACCGAUAGCAUUGUGAGCAACGGAACCAGACAGACCGAGUCUGUCGCUGCUCACUAA